AGUCCGGCAGCCCGGCGUCCCCUCCUUCCCGGCCCCGCCCCGCCCCGCCCCGCCCCGCCGCCCCCCUGACCUCCGUGUCCCUGAGGCCGCUACCAGCCACCGCGCAUCCUGCGGGAGAAAUCAUCACCAUGUCAUCUACUCUGUUGCCCAAACCACAGAUGAGGGGCCUCCUGGGCAAACGUCUGAGAUUCCAUAUUGUAGGGGCAUUGAUUGUAUCCCUGGGAAGUGCAGUUUUGUACAAGUAUGGCGUGGCUGAGCCCAGGAAACGAGCAUAUGCAGACUUCUAUAAAAACUAUGAUUCCAUGAAGGACUUUGAGGCCAUGAGGGAAGCUGGUGUUUUUGAAAGUGUACAACCGAAAGACUCAUAAGCAGCAUAUAUAGAUCAUCUUCAAGGAGACUUGACAGCUUAAACUUGUUUCUUCAGUCAACUGUAAAAUGUGUAAUACACUUCAGUGGUGGGCAUGCUGUAGUGUUAUUCAAUAAACUAAAUACUUAAUGAAGCUUUAUUUAUCUUAACUGAUGACCUUGACUGUUUAGAUGCUGAGGGAAGGGGUGGAAAUUCAGGUGGUACUCUUCAUAUAAUGCUAAAGACUAGGUGAGAGAGAAACAGAGAUCCUGAACCCUUGUGGUUACUAAAAUAAAGACAGUAUUGUUUGCUUCCUGGCCUAAAGUGUUCAAUAGGCAACAGCUGCUUGGACAGCACUUGCAGAGGAUUCCUAUAUACAGUAUUUAUAAAAAAUUGAAAGCUUUUUUUGCUUAGGAUACAAAGUUAAAAUGUACCAGAGUUAAAGUUUCCAGGGCCACAUAAUUUCCCUCCUCCCCCUUCAAAGUUGAACCUGUACUACUGAAUGAGGCAAGGAUCCUCUUGAAAACGUGAUCAUGUAAUUAAAGACAGCAUCCGAAUUAAUACAUAAAAGGGGUUGCAAUUAAUAUUGCCCAUGCAACCUUAAUCUGGCAGUUCCAAAUUUUUGACUUUUAGAACUCUUAAAUAAAAUGACCUUUUAAGGGGUUGUGGGUUGAAAGGGAGGUGUGCACGAGGGAGUUUUGAGUCCGUAGCACUUCCUUCCCUAUCACAUUCCUAUUCAUUGGGGGUAAGGGAGAAGAAACAGACACAGGGAAGGGGAAAGGUGAGAAAACAGUAUGACAUCUCUCUUCCUCCCCCCCAUGUAUUUUUAUACUUCUCCCAUCAAGUUGUCUGUUUGCUUGCUGUCUUGUCGUCUUCUCCUUUCUGUUCCUAGACUCACUACUCUUGAGUUCUCUGUGGGUUUUCCCCUCUCCUCCAUUAUAGUCUUUGGCUCACUUCCUUUUUCCUUCUUAGGAGUACUUUCUUUCUUCCCCUUUAUCCUGCAGUCCUCUCUCUCUCCAACCCAUUCCAGAAGUUUGAACUGUCACUGUUCCUGCUGCAAGGCCCCUACUUAUUCCCCUUUCUGCUGAAAAUGCCUUCUUUUUUUCUUCCUGUGUGCCCCCCUAACCCUCUUCCCCAAUAGUGCUGGAAUGUGACUCCUGGGGCUGGCACCAGCACCCUACCUUUGGGUAUAGGCAGCAGUGCAUAGCAGUUGGCUUAAGGCCCCAAAUCCUAGGUGUAUGCCUGUACCUCAGACACUGGGGGCCAGGAGAGGGUCUAGAGAAGAUGAGGGCAAGAGCACCUAGUGGCAGCCAAAGGCACUUAGAUGCACACAUACUGAAGUAAGAAAAUGCAUGUUUAAGUUACAUAAACAAACUUUCAUUUGUGCUGUGGUGAUGACAUGAGAGGGAAAAUGUUCUGUACAAGUCAGUUUAAUUUGCUCUGGGACUGCAAACAUUAAAAUGUCCAUUGUAAUUAAUGGUUACUGCAUGACAUCAAUACAGGGCCAUUAAAGAUGAGUUGGAUACC